UACGAUCGCAGCCCUAAUGGUCCGUUCCGCGUGGUCUAUUUAAUCCCCUGCUGCAGCCGCCGCGCUGGCUUCACUCAAUAGCAGCUGCUGCUGCUGCUGUGCGUGGCUUGGCUGGGCCGGACCGGACGCGACGCUCGCUCGCUUCCCGCGGGGCUGAGCCUUGGAGGAUCCCCGCAGCCCUAGAGCCACUAUGCGGCCGCCGGCGCGGACCCUGCUGCUGCUUCUCGGCUGCCUGGCGGCGGGCAGCGGGACCCUCUCGCAGGACGGCACACCAGCUGUAAAGACAAUCCCUGCUGGCCUGGCAAGCAAAGCAACAGAGGAGCUUGCAGAAAUUUAUCAGGGAGCAAGCACAAGUGCAGCAGCAGUUGCUUCAGACACUGAGAGCCAGCCCACAACAUCUGAUGAGACGGUGGUAGCAGGUGGCACCGUGGUGCUGAAGUGCAAGGUGGAGGAUCCCGACGACUCCUCACUGCAGUGGUCCAACCCAGCCCAGCAGACGCUAUACUUUGGGGAGAAACGAGCGCUCCGGGAUAACAGGAUCCAGCUGGUGAAUUCCACACCCAAAGAGCUGGCCAUCAGCAUCAGCAACGUGGUGCUGGCAGACGAGGGCGAGUACACCUGCUCCAUCUUCACCAUGCCUGUGCGGACGGCCAAGGCCCUCGUCACCGUGUUGGGAAUCCCCCAGAACCCUCAAAUCUUUGGCUACGAGCUGCCCAUCCGAGAGACAGAGACGGCCCAGCUGACGUGUAGAUCCUCUGGCAGCAAGCCAGCUGCCCAGCUCCGCUGGAAGAAAGGCAACAAGGAGCUGCAGGGUGAGGCUCCCGAGGUGACGGAAGAUUCCAACGGGAAAACCUUCACCGUCACCAGCCGUGUUGAGUUCACCGUCACCAAAGAAGACAACGACGUGGAGGUGACCUGCACAGUGGAUCAUGAGUCCCUACAGAACUCAGAGAGAUCCACCAGCCAGAAACUGCAGGUCUACUUUAAACCAACAGCAACGAUUGAGCCGUUUCCCCCCUACCCCAAGGAGGGCGAGGAGCUGCAGCUGCAGUGUGAAGCCCAGGGCAAUCCGAUUCCCCAGGAGUUCCUGUGGACGAAGGAGGGCAGCGAUGUCCCCCUGCAUCUAAACACCAACCGAGUCCUCACCCUCCCCUUGCUCAACAAGAGCGACAGCGGCACCUACAUCUGCAUGGCCACCAGCACCAUGGGCAGCGUCGUAGUGAAGUACAACCUGGACAUCAAUGAUGCCAGCCCGAUGUCUUCCCCCUCUGGCACAUACCAUGCUGUGAUCGGUGGAGUGGGCGCAGUCAUCGUCUUUCUGCUGCUUAGCCUCCUCAUCGUCCUGGCACAGUACCUAAUCAGGCACAAAGGUACCUACCUGACUCACGAGGCCAAGGGAUCAGACGAUGCCCCGGAUGCUGACACUGCCAUCAUCAAUGCGGAGGGAGGCCAGGCCAGCGGCGAUGACAAAAAGGAAUAUUUCAUCUAGGGGUGCAGAGUGGAGAGAAGAGAAAUGGAGCCAACAAACCCAGAUGGAAAUGGAAACCGGACCACAAACCCCACUCAACCCAACAGAUUUUCUCUCGUGCCCUGGAUGGAUGGACGAACAGAGGGAUGGCGGGACAGAGAUCAGAGAGUGACCGGCUUGAACCAUGAUGCUUCUUCUUGAACUUGUAUAAAACGUUAUUACUAAAAACAUUGAAAGCCCCA